UAUUCAUUGCCCCACAUAAAUCCCUUGCAAGUCCGCCUAACGUCGACGAGCAGAAGCCAUUGGCCGUCGGAUCCAAGAUUUUUGAGGGCAGAGCACGCGAAUAUAGUAAGAACAAGCGCGCAAUUUAUUCGCCUGAAGCCCUAGCUUUGCUGUAAAUAAUUCUAUUUUUUAUCUGUCAGUGAAAGAAAAAAAAGAGAGGAGGCCUGCGCCCCUGGGCGAAGAUGUUGACUCUGCUCAAAUAGCACAGGCGGACAGAUAUUUGCAUUCAUUCAUGAAAUCUUCUCGGCUGUAAUUAAUUUCAACGUCUCUGUGUUGUUUUUUUAGCACAAAAAUGGCGGAAGUCUCGACAGAAGCUGCGCCUCUUCCGGAGGUAGCGGUGGAACCGGAGAAAAUCGGUGCGAUUGACGUUCACCCGGCCAAAUUUGGGCGAGAUUGGAGAAGAAAACCGGCCUUCAAGAUUUCGACGGAGUUUGAUAGCGAGUCGAAAGAUAUAAUUAAUAAAUUCUCGGCCAGGCUUUUUGACGGGCUUGGGAAGAUAAAAGGUUCGUUUCAGAGGGACUUGAACGGGAAGUUGCAGUGUCCUCAGCUGGGAUUGGACACAAAGUAUUUGUCGAUCUUGUAUGAUCACGAAGACCGCAAUGCGCUUUUUACCGCCUCUGCCGACCUCAGUAACCAGUUUCAGCUCAAGCUUCAAGGCGAUGCUAAGGCUCAACAAGGAGAACUAAAGCUGAUUACAAAGUUAUGUGACUCCAAGUAUAAAGCAGAAGUAUCAUAUGAUGUCCCAUCAACUAGGCUGCCAAGGGCAUCUGUAACUUUCCCUGGUGGUGAAGUGAAAUUGGUGGAUGAAGCUCAAGAAGAGGGUCAAGCUUAUUCUGUUCAUGCUUUACUUGCAAAGAACUUUAUGAAUGGUCUGUGUAGUGCAGAUUUUCAGGGUGAAAGCUUGAAUUUGAAAUAUGCAUACAAGGAUAAAGAAAUGACUCUCAUACCUUCUAUAAAUUUGCCAUCAAAAGAUCUCACGUUUGCCUUUAAAAGACGGUUUAAUCCCCUGAAUAAAUUAAGCUACUUAUAUAAUUUCAAUUCAGCUGCAUGGAGUGCUGUCUACAAACAUAAACCUAAUGAUGCUUUUAAAAUCAAAGUAGGUUAUGAUUCACACGUUCGAGUUGGAUGGGCCUCAGCUUGGGUGGGCAAAGAGGAGGCAGGUGCUAAAAGUGCACCAGGAAAAGUCAAAUUUCAGCUCAUGUUGCAGGUUCCACAAGAUGAUAUAGGAUCAUAUGCAGUGCUAUUCAGAGUGAAAAAAAGAUGGGAUUUCUAAUUGUUUCAGCCUUGAUUAUUUGAAGUAUGGGCUGCAUUUUGGCAUCUCUGUGUCACAUUUUUCCUAACCCAAAAUGCAAAUUUAUCUACUCACUUUUCCACAACAAUGAAGAGCUGUUCAUUUUUUCAUUCUCUAAUUUUUCCUAGUUUUUCCCUUUGGCAAGGUUAAGAACUUAAGAGCUUAAUUUCCAACCUUGUACCAUGAAGUUGAGGAAUGGUUACCCUGCACAUUACAAGUUGUGUACAAGCCCAAUGCUUUCACUGUACUUCUGUGGGUAAUACAAAAUAAAAUUCAUAGCUA